AUGCCCUAUGAGCCCCUUCCCUCACUCUUCCCGAUCACUCUCGAGGAGGCGGAGGAGGAGGAGGAGGUGGUCGCACCUCCUGCUAUGCCCUAUGUCCCUACCUCGGUCCCCACCCCACCUCCGCCUUCCGUCUACCCUCGUGUGAUUCCCCCUGUUCCGCCUUCUUCCUCCUCACCCCCCUUGCCUUCCCCUCCUCCUCCUGUUAUUCCAUCUCCCCUUUCACCCUCCAUCCCUCCUGCACCUGCUCCGCCCUCCUCUUCGUCUUCCACGGCGCAGCCCGUUGGUGAGGGGGGGAUGGAGGUGCCACCGUCUGUGGAGAUCACCGACGGGCAGCGCCUUGAGACUGAGCAGCUGCAGGACGAGAGCAGUAUGGAUGGAGUACAGCAGACAGGGGAGCAGCAGAUUGGGGAGCAGCAGACAGGGAAGCAGCAGAGUGGGGAGCAGCAGAUAGGGGAGGAGCGGAUUGAGGAGCAGCAGAUGGUGGACCAGCAGCUCGGGGAGCAGCAGACAGGGGAGCCGCAGACAGGGGAGCAAGAGAUGUGGGGAAUUAGAGAUGGUGGUCGUGUGUUGGUUUCUGGGACGACCACUGCACCAGUGCGUCGCUCCACUCGCAUCACUCGUGGUGUCCCGCCUGCUUGGCAUCAGCAGGAGCAUGGGGGGCGUUCGAUGCCCUAUGAGCCCCUUCCCUCACUCUUCCCGAUCACUCUCGAGGAGGCGGAGGAGGAGGAGGAGGUGGUCGCACCUCCUGCUAUGCCCUAUGUCCCUACCUCGGUCCCCACCCCACCUCCGCCUUCCGUCUACCCUCGUGUGAUUCCCCCUGUUCCGCCUUCUUCCUCCUCACCCCCCUUGCCUUCCCCUCCUCCUCCUGUUAUUCCAUCUCCCCUUUCACCCUCCAUCCCUCCUGCACCUGCUCCGCCCUCCUCUUCGUCUUCCACGGCGCAGCCCGUUGGUGAGGGGGGGAUGGAGGUGCCACCGUCUGUGGAGAUCACCGACGGGCAGCGCCUUGAGACUGAGCAGCUGCAGGACGAGAGCAGUAUGGAGGAGUACAGGCAGAAGGAAUAUAGACAGCAGGGAGAGCGGAGGCCUCCCUGUGGUGCGUGUGGAGAGAAAUUUCAGAUCACACAUGUGCGCCGCUCCCACCCCUGGCGUUGA